UUCAUCGUCUCUGUAAAACUUGUCUGCAAAUAUACUAUAAAAUGAUUCGAUGGAAAAAAAAAAUCAUGUUUUUAUUAAUGUUAUUAAUGUUAUUAUUGGUUGCAACUAUUAAUACGAGAUAUAAGGUAUUAAAAACGAUCGAUAAAAACUCCGUCAUGUAUUUUAAUCAAACAGAGAAAGAAAGUGAAAUAAUUAGUAAUAAUUUAUACAAAACACAGUUACUAAAUUUGACUGAGAUAAAUGAUUUAAUUCCAAGCACUAUUAAAACUAUGCAAAGUACAAAUCAAAAAGAUAUACUCGCAAAAGAAAUGGAAAUACUUUCACACAUAAUAUUUGACUCCGUAGAAAAAAAUAACGCAAUAGUUUACACGACUGUAAUCAUAAUUUCUUCUCAUGUUUAUUACAGAAACAGAAGAAAUAUGAUUCGAGAAUCCUGGGGAAAUAGUUAUAAUUGGAUAACAAAUGAAAAAUAUUUAGUUGUGUUUUUUGUGGCUAGGAUAACAGAUGCAAAAGCUACGAUACAUAUGGCAGAUGAAUCAAAAGUACAAAAAGAUAUUGUUUUUGUUGAUAUUAUAGAAGAUUUUUACUUACUUACCAAAAAGGUAAUCAUAGAAUUAGUGUGGGCAAAAAAAAACGUAAAAUUUAAAACACUUUUAAAAGGUGACGACGACGCAUUUAUAAAUAUAGAUAACAUAAUGAACUUUAUUAAAAGUAUUGAUAUUACAGACGGAUACUUCGGAAAUGUUAUCUAUAAUGGCCGUGUAAAAAGAUACGGUCGAUAUGGAGUGUCUAAAGUAGAAUUUGAAAAUGAUUAUUAUCAUCCAUACUGUUCUGGAGGAGGCUUUAUAUUAACAAACUCAAGUGUAUAUAAAAUGACAUCAAUAUUUGACUUAAACAAAGUAUUUCGAAUAGAUGAUGCCUAUGUAGGAGAAAUUGCUUUUCAAGCAGGGAUAACAGCGCAUCAUAAAAAUGGUUUUUAUAUGAACAAUGGUAUAUGCAAAUAUUUUAAAGAAACUUUGGUCACACAUCCCGCUGAUAAUCCUGGUUGUAACAGUUUUCUGUUAAGUAGAUCAUUAAUUAAUAAUAAGAAACUUCCAAGAAACCUUCGUUUGGAAAAUCACGCAUGCUUUGACGAAAAUAUUUGUUGAACUUAAAUCACGUUUGUUUUGCAAUGAAAAUGCGUAUUACACGUGAACUCAAAUAUGCAAAUAAGGGUGUUAUUUCACUGGCUUUAAAAACGGAGCGUAUAGUGACUUACUCAGCAUAGUUUAAGGAAAGAUCCGAACGAUUUUCAUUUCAAUAAGUGACUAAAAACCUCUUAUUUUAUCUUUAUGUAAACAGUAAAAAAACGUUAAAAUCCAAGUUUUCACAUUAGUUUUCACACAUAGCAAUUUACUAUCAUAACCUCUUUAUAGUCGUUUGAGUAAAUUACUUAACAGAAACGUUUCAGCUUUUGUAUAACUUCUGCCCCAUUGCAUUAAGCUAAAACUUCAAACUCAUAGAUAAUAAAAUCACUAUUUGAAAACAAAAUAAAACAACGAGCUUUGUAAAUUUUUUUAAAUAAAACAAUCAAAACGCGCAUAAAGUAAAACGACAUUUUUUGAAAGCGACAGGGCCUAAACGCUAUAUUUUUCUUCGGAUCUCUCCUUAACUACGCUGAGUAGUAAAUCUUUGAUAUAUACGAUAUAAAUAAACAUUUACUAACUGA